AUGACUGCUGACGCAAACCGCGCUGAAGCAAUGAUGUGUAUGGAUCGAGCCAGGGAUGCGUUGAAGGGUGGGGAUCCAGAGAAAGCCAAACGUCUACUGAGUAAGGCCAAAAAACUUGAUCCAAACCAGGAUAUCGAUUUUCUUCUGAAAAAGGCAAAUCUGAUGGGCGCGAGUAGCGAAUCUUCGUCACGAGAUUCCGAAGAACGCAGCUAUGCACAUGAUGAUCACUACGAAGAACCUAAUCUUCGUAGUAGACGGGCUCACAAGUCUCCGCCUAGGACAGCAUCAGAUAGCAAAUUGAAUGGAACUGCUGCAUCGACAACAAAAUCGAGAACAGCCAAGUCUAGAUCAUCGUCACGUACUCCUAAACUAGGUGUAGACUAUACAAAAGAGCAAGCUGAUCUUGUUGAACGAAUUCGACAUUGUAAAGACUACUAUGAAAUCCUUAACGUGUCAAAGACGGCGUCUGACGCAGAAAUUAAGAAAGAGUACAGAAGGAUGGCCCUUCAACUUCACCCGGACAAAUGUAGAGCUCCGCAUUCAACGGAAGCCUUUAAAGCCUUGGGCAACGCAUAUGCGGUCCUAUCUAAUGAAGACAAGCGAAAGCAGUAUGACGUGUACGGUGCUGAUGGAGGAACCAGCAACGUAAGUAGAGGACAAAGAGGCGAUUUCUUCGAGUAUGACUAUGCGCACGGAUUUGAUGCCGAAUUCUCACCGGAGGAGAUAUUCAAUAUGUUCUUUGGUGGAGGUUUCCCGUCAGAAUCCGUGCGAAGAGGACGACAUGGAUUUCAUAGUGCCCACAGCACUCGGAAUCAAAAUGAGAGCCCGUACACACCACUCUUGCAAUUACUACCGCUUAUUGCUAUUCUCGUUCUCGGUCUUCUCGCUCAGUUGAUGGUAGGCGACCCAGCAUAUUCUCUGCACCACUCGAGCAAGUUUCCAAUCAAACGCCUUACGCAGAGCGAUUUAAGAGUGCCUUACUUUGUACGAAGUGAUUUUGAACAAGCGUACCGCGGAAGAAUUCAUCAGAUUGAAUCCCAAGUUGAAGACGAAUACAUCCAAAAUUUACGGAUGAACUGCUAUAAAGAGCAGAACCAGCGCGAGACACUUUUAUAUCGCGCUCGAUGGCAACGUGAUGAUGAUUUAUUACGACGAGCGAAUCAAAUGGCUAUGCCUCAUUGCGAUCGUCUUAGAGAGAUAUACAGUCAUUACUCAACGCUUUUACCUCUUCCUGAGGGCAAGCUCUGUAUAGGCGCUCUUUUUUUGCAUCACAUCACAUCCGACUAUGUCGGUGGUAAAUCACGAGGUGGAUCCGGCAAAAAAUCGGGUACCCAACGCGGAAUGCCAGAUUGGUCGACGGUUACGCCGCGUUUGGAAUAUGACAAAAUAUUCAGCCCACCUAGGCCGGAAUCAUUCAAUUGGAGGGAUUAUUUCGCUGCCACAGGAACGAAUCCUUGUACAGAUGAGAUUUUGUUCGGACAUGUUCGAUAUCUAGAGCAAACUGUUAGCGAAAGACUUUUUGAGCAUGGAAAACAUAUAUUCGUUAAAACGGAGAACGAUAACGAACGAGUAGCCAGAAUAGAGGUUUGUUGCAAAGGAAAAUUAUUCGUGAAUUAUUUGAACAUCGAUGAUAAGGAGAGAAGAGACGACGUCGAUGGUGAAAUUACUGUUGAUGAUGUUGUGACGAAUGCGCGUGAAGUUGAACAAUCCAAGAAGAGGGUUCUUGCUGAGGAGAAAGAAAAGCGUCGUAAAUGGGAUUUCCUCGAUGUGGAAGAGAUUGCUAGGUACAAGGACGUGCUUGAUUGCCAUCUGAACGAUCUGAUAAAGGAAGGUCAAUACUUCGAACUUCAAGAUGCUGUAGAGCCUCGUUGUGUGUUUUGUUGUCGCGUGCUCGCCAACCUUGGUGGUAUCGUCAUUUACGAAACUAUGAAUUUUAAUAUGUCCAUCAACAUCACUGAUCCACGAUGUCAUCCAAUAGGUUGGGCUGCUAGCCAUCAAGAGGACUCCGUUUCAUAUUGUCCUGGAAAGUAUAGUGCAGAGAACAUCAAAAAAUUUGCGAAAAAUUCGGUUCCUGCUAUUGUGUUCAAGAGAUAUGAACUGAAAGAGCAUAUUCUCAAGGUUGGCUCCUUGGUUGAAGUGCAAGAUGCUGAACAAAGAGCGGCAAUAUUCCCCGGACACGUUAGCGAGGUCAUCAAUUGUCACUUCGUCAAAAUUGUUUCAUGUUCGUAUGGACGCCCAGAUACCAGAGAGAUUGUUGCUCAUCGAGGAACGCACGGAGUGUUUCCACAAGGGUUUUGCGCAUCGGUCGGCUACCAACUUUCAUUGCCGCAAAAGUCGUUUUUGCGAGAUAAGAAUCACACCGAUUUCCCAUGGAGUUGGAAGUCUUAUGCAGCACAAUGGGGCAUUCCUGGGAUAUCGACAAACGAAUGCAAUUUUGAACCAAUUCCUGGACGGGAAGCAAAAAUUACUCCUAUGAGACAUAUUGAGGUAUUCUGCUACCAACGAGGGGUUAUGUACGCAGCAUUAAUCCAUCGGGCGGUUCGAAACCUUGUGCUUAUUGAGUUGAGUUGUGACACCACUCCAAAUCCACCACUAAUGUUUGUCAUCGGCUGUGAUAAUCUUUUUCCAUGUGGGUUCGCUGCGAAGUAUGAAAUUCCCUUCAUUGGUGAAGCACCAUUCUUGUCUCUUCCUCCUUUAAAAAAUGAAGGCGCUUCACGAUUCGACCUAAUGCGGCUUCAGUAUUCUUCAAAGCCUGGCAAUAUAUUUCAAGAAAGAAAAAUGAGCGAUCCUACUUUCUUACCUGAGGUGUGGAUGAAAGGUGAUGUUUGGCUUCCACGCAUUUACGUUCACCCUUCAUGUCGAAUAGGGCCUUGGUUUGUUCGAUCUCAGUUCGCCGCAUUAGCUCGAUAUUAUGAAGCCGGUCCAAUACCACACGUCCUUCGAGUUUUAAUAGCCGAUGUGUACCAAUGCGCUUCACUGGAACACCGUGUAGAUGUCCAAAGCAUCCUCAACACUGAUGAUGAUGAUGUUGCAGUAAUAUAUGUGAAGUACAAAUGGCGAACGUCGGCAGACCAUGUGGUUAUGAGAGUUCCGGUGUGCAAAACAGCGCGGCAGACGUCAGGAUGGUUGAGGGUGCUUCUGCGAUCUCUUGGAUGUUGUCCGUACCUGUUUUCCUUCGAAAAGACUCCGAAGUGUGGAUGUAAUAAGAUAUUUUUAGAGGAACGACGAAAGAUGGCUGAAUCGCCAGCUGAAUUCGUCAAAAAAGCGGAUCAUUUCAACACUUUAGAAAAGCGAAGAAGACGUUGCCCUAAAGUGGGCUCAUCAAAACGUCGCCGUACACAACAACCGUCGCCGCUCCCCAAGGAAUUGGACAAUCAUUCCACUAGGAAUGCCCUCACGUCCGACGACGACUUCUCGCGGUCAUCGAUUGACGAAAUGCCGUUACUACAUCCUGCAGACUCUACAGGAUUUGUACCGAACGGAAGUACUAAUGGAGAAGAGACGAGCAAUCAAUGUAGUAGUUCUGAUGAAGUGCAUUUUAACGGAAUUCCAGCCAACAAUACGUCACCUCAACGUCCCCUCCGUAUUGAUGGCGACGCAAAAGAAUGGGAUGCGAAACAGCUCUUAGGAUUUUUACGGACGACUUUCCCUGAUCUAAGCGAUGUGACCAAUGUCUUAGAAAGAGAGAAUAUUGAUGGAGCCAAAUUGUUAACGAUGUCCCAGCAAGACUGCAUUGAUUCACUCGGUCUAAAUUUGGGACCAGCGCUUCGACUUUAUGAAGUCAUACAGGAGAUGAAAAGCGCAAACGAAAACCAUAUUUAA